AUGGAUUCAGACAACAAUUUUCAAUCUGAUGACGAAUUUGAUGAAAUGGUGGUAGAUGCAUUGCUGGGUGUUGCAGUUUGUGUUUCAACUAAUUACCACACCAACUAUAUUGUGAAAGAACCAUGUAGAAAUUCGAAUUAUACAGGGCAUCAAUUUGAAAUGGAAGUAUUAGCUGGACAUCAUAAGCGUUGUCAUGAGUUAUUUCGCAUGGAAAAGCAUGUAUUUUUACGGCUUUGUCAAGAGCUCAAACGAAAGGAUCUAUUAAAAGAUAGUCGUGAAAUUUCUGUGGAGGAGCAAAUGGCCAUAUUUCUUAUGACAAUUGGCCAUAAUGAAAGAAAUAGGAUGCUACAAGAACAAUUUCAACACUCUGGUGAGACUAUUAGUAGGCAUUUUAAUACAGUUCUGAAAGCCCUAGUAACAUUCUCAAUAUCAAUUAUUGUGCCUCCUUCGUUUGAUGAUAUCCCUAUUCAUAUGCGCAACAAUCCUAAAUAUUGGUCUCAUUUUAAGGGUUGCACUGGUGCAAUCGAUGGAACGCAUAUUGAUGCAGUGAUUCCAGUCGAUCAACAACUUGCAUAUCGUGGACGUGAAGGAGAUUGCACACAAAAUGUGAUGGCUGCUUGCUCAUUUGAUAUGAAAUUCACAUUUGUUUGGGUUGGAUGGGAGGGAUCGGCUCAUGAUUCUCGUAUACUUAACGAAGCUCUUGGUAAAUAUUAUGUUGUUGAUGCUGGGUAUGCUAACAUGCUAGGAUAUUUAGCACCAUAUAAAGGACUAUUUGUGUAA